CUGCGCCAAACUGCUCGUCUUUUCCCCAAAAGGAGGCCUGAGAGUGGUCUGGCAAUGAAGCUCUACACGGCUGCGUUUUCCUUUUCGGCAGCCAUCAGUGCGCUGCUGGACCUCAUCCCCCUCGCAGCCUCGUAUGUCAUCACCCCCCCUUCCCUACGAGCAUCAUCCUUCGCUGGACGCACCCUCUCCGUGAGCAGCAUAACCACACACUGCCGCACACAGCACAGAUCUCUCCAUUGCUUGGCUCUGGUGUUGUAUAUUUAUCUCUUGUUUGUGUUCCUUCCCUCUGGACAGACCCCAUCGGUGGAUGCAGAUGUCCCCCCCUCCCUCCCCCCCUCCCUCCCCCUCCCCUCUGGCGUCCGCUCCCUCGACAUGCGAUGGUCCCCACGGCGCAACACCAAGACGUGGAAGCGGCUGUCGGGCGCCAGUCGUCUCAAGGAGCUCACCACUGAGCGGCGGCUGAUGGGCGACAAGGCGCGCAAGAUCGGCGAGCGGCCGAUCAUCAAGGACCCCGCCAUGAUCUCCAUCCGCAACGUCUGCCCCACCAUGAGCGAGCUGGAUGUCGAGUACUACUUCGAGUACCACUAUGGCGCCACGUCGGUGUACUGCAAGCUGGAGAAGGACAAGAAGACCAAGCAGCACAAGGGCCGCGGCUACCUGCACUUCAUGCACCCUCUCUACGCCACGUCGGCCAUGCUGACCUUCAACGGCACCAUGCUGGGCAACCAGAACAUCGCCCUGGGCGAGUACUUCUACCCCGAUUGGCGGGAGAGGGAGGCCGAAAAUGAGAGGAGGAGAAAGGGUGAGUCAGUCGAGGCAGAGGCUGAGUGAGUGAGGCUGGCUGGCAACGCAGCACGUGUGUGCGCAAGGAGUUACUGGUUCACCUCUGUUGAUCUGUGUGUGUGUGUGUGUGUGCGUGCGUUGGGUCAGAGCGUUACGAGGCUCGUGUGGCGGCUCGCGAGGCCGCCAUCCGCGAGAUAGAGGAGGAGGACCGACAGGCGGAAGAAGAGGCAGAGGAGGCAGAGGAGAAGGAGAUGGUCGCCGCGUGAGGGGUCAUGCGACGCAAGAAAUGUCUGGUCGGUCGUGAGAUGCUGGACUGACUGACUGACUGACUUUGAGGCUGGUGUGACUGACGUUGCUUGCGACGCGAAGCAAUGAUUGACGCUGUCUAUGUGUGUUGGCCGCUGGUGUGCGUGCGUGCGUUUCAAAUGCGUCUGUGUGUAUUCGUUGGCUGGUCGAUUCGAUUCACCCAUGUGAGCA